GACGUCAAGCCGAAGAGGCGAGUGAGGGAGAGCGUUAGCGUGUGCGUGUGUGCGCGCGUGUGUUUUAACAAACCCGCUUGCUGCAACGAAGAGUAUCUGGACGUCUGUGUGUCUCUGUCAUUCAGUUAUCCAGUCAGUUUUUCGUUUAGCCCGUAUUGUUCUUAAAUCUAUUUGUUUUUCCCGUUACUAUUCUCGCCUGUUGCUUCCUCUUCUCCCUCCACGAACUUGGUGUACAGAGUGUUGGAUGAUGGACUGCUAAACAAUUGCACAUCGCUACAAAGUGAGCAGUGAGUCUACUACUUUAAGGCCCGGCAGACAUGGGGAAGCAGAACAGCAAGCUUCGUCCUGAGGUGAUGCAGGACUUGCUGGAGAGCACCGACUUCACCGAGCAUGAGAUCCAGGAGUGGUACAAAGGCUUCUUGCGAGAUUGCCCCAGUGGAAACCUAUCCAUGGAGGAGUUCAAAAAAAUCUAUGGCAACUUUUUCCCUUAUGGGGAUGCCUCGAAGUUUGCCGAGCAUGUCUUUCGCACAUUUGAUGCAAAUGGUGAUGGGACAAUAGACUUUCGGGAGUUCAUUAUUGCUCUUAGUGUGACGUCACGUGGCAAGCUGGAGCAGAAGCUAAAAUGGGCCUUUAGUAUGUAUGACCUGGAUGGAAACGGGUACAUCAGUAAAUCUGAAAUGCUGGAGAUUGUACAGGCUAUUUAUAAGAUGGUGUCCUCGGUGAUGAAGAUGCCGGAGGAUGAGUCAACACCUGAGAAAAGGACAGAGAAGAUCUUCAGGCAAAUGGACACCAACAGAGACGGCAAGCUGUCCCUGGAAGAGUUCAUCAAGGGGGCGAAGAGUGACCCCUCUAUCGUACGCCUGUUGCAGUGUGACCCCAGCAGUGCUGGACAGUUUUAAAGAUGAGGCAUCAACUUGACUUAACUUGUCUUGGUGAUCCAUAAUGCCCUUCACUCUCCACUAUGGAGAAGACUGAUGAUGAAGAAUGUCAAGCAAGUGACGACGUGACGAAGACGACAGGCCUUCAGUAUACACUGAAGAUGUCAAAGCUGUGCACAACUCCCGACCCACUAGUAGUUUUUCUAAAUCCGGGCAAAUUCCAACUGCCUGACCUUCGAUUGGUUUUGAGAACCCAGUGAUAGCUGUCAACAGGCUCGUAGAGAAGAUUUCCACUCAAUGUACUGUAUAUACACUGGUGUUUCUGUAUCAGUGUCCUUGCUUGGCUCUUUGUGGACCCGCACAGAGGCACGAAUGUGCAUUGUAGACAAGGGUGUUCAAUAAUGAGAACCCCAACCACGUUUUGUAAGCAGAAGAAUUUCAUCUGCAGGGCAGACUUGAGAAGUAUUAUGUUUGACUUCUUCUUUGCUGCAUUGUGUGACAAUGUAUUUGGUGAAUUCCACAAAUUAGUGUUUCUUUGCAAAAACAAAAAAGAAAAAAAAACAACACACCCACAAUGAUAUGCUCAUUUGCCUUUACUGCACUUGCAAGAGCUCACAAAUGAAAGGAUGGUUUGAAUGUCAUUGAGUAUCUUGAAAAGGAGUGUUGGAUAAUUUCAGCUCUCUCCAUUUUUGGGGAAUGUAGGAGGGUGGAGGCAAUUUGUAAACCAGAUCCAUCCCAAGAUGAUUGUCAUCGUCUUUGUAUUCAUGCUACUGUGAGAUUUCCAUCAUUUAAAAAAAAAACACCUCACUUCAUUUUCGAUGUUUUGAAAUGCUGCAUGUUAGAUGGGAUCAACCAGUACUCAAAACACAUAUGCAUGGAGCUUAUGCCUGUGUGGAGUUCCGACUGAUGUGUGAAGAUGAGUGGCUGAAUGGUCAGUCACACAUGCGGUUCUGUGAUUCUGUUCUCAAGUACUGUAUCGCCAGAAUCAGUACUACCAGUAGUCAGUAUUAUUGAAACCACUCUCGGAUUUGCCUUUUAAAAAGUUGGACAAACGUGACCCCGAGUGGUGCCUUGCUCACCUUGAUCAUGGAGGAGCUAAUUCACUUAGGCUUAGCUUUGGGUCUUAUAUUGAAGAACUGCUGUUCGUAUUUCAUACCAUUCAGAUUUAAAAAAAAAAACAAAAACAUAACUACUCCAUAAACUACUGCAAUGAUAUGGGUUGCUUUUAUUGUAUUGGUGAGAUUUUUUUUUCAGGACUGCAUCAGGUGUAACUUUUCUGUAAAAUGCAAAAAAUGAAGGAAAAAAACCCAUCUUGUGGUCAAGUGCCAACUAAGCAACAAAAGCAGUAUUGUAUGAAUGUAUACUAUACAUUUGUUGUUCAAUGGAAUGUUUGUAGGUGUUACAUUUUUGUAGAUUUUGUGUGGUAUCCUGUGCUAAAUGGCUCCAAUUUGAGAAAUACAGGAUUCUGAUUUUAGUCAGCCUUAAACGUAGAAUAUUAAAUUUACAAUUUAAUUUUAGCUUUUGUGUCUGGUGUUCGUGUGAUUUCGUUUACAGGCUGAUCUCAGAAUCCUUCUAGCUUUUCCUAAAAGUUUGGGUCCCGGCAUACCACUCAGCAAAAAUGUGACAAUAAGUAUGGCUAUUGAAAUAAUUAUAUUGUCUCAAUUUACUCACAAAUUGACUUUGUGUGAAAUCUGGCUCUGCCUAAUUGAAAACAAAGCUGAUGUACCGAACCUACAGGAACUAUGACUUCUUCUAUCAUAAGCACACAUUCACAGCAAAAAAAAAAAAAAAAAA